UUUGUUUGUGUGUGACCAGACGUUAACAGUGUGAGGUGACAUUUCCGAGAGUCGCACCACAGUGUAGAAAGGUGUUUUCAACUGCAACUGCUAAGGUUAAAGGUUGGUCGCGACAACUCGUCUGAUCAGCGGACCCUGAUAUGGACCGUCGGAGAGCUGUAAAGUGACUUGCUGGCGCGCUGUAGCACAGACAGCGCGGUGUCCUCAGGAGGAGCCGAGAACUGGAUUCAGUGGACUGGUGUCUGACACAUCUUCUUGUCGAUCUGGUUACCCACUAGCAGAGGAAGAACAGAAAACUUUCCUUGCCACUACUUAAAAUGAUAAACCUGUAAUACCACAAGUCCAUCACACCAAACCUCAUUAGAUCUAAGAACUGGUGUGGCGCAAGUUCCUGUUUUACUUCCUCAGCAAGCUCAAACGUCAACCAGACAGAAAAAUACCCUCUGGACCUCUUACAGCAAAUCUAUAUCUGUUGAUGAGUGAGACGCAAUGUGGAUUAUACUUUUUAUCACAACAGCCCUCUGUUUUUCUAUGUCCCGAGCUAUUGACCUUUGUAAAAAUGUUCUUAAAGAAUGCCGAGACAGUGACCCAUCAUGGAUAGGUUGUUACGAGGAUCGAAUUAUGACCUGCAAAACAGGCCGCUCCAUGACAGGCAUCAAACAACUCAAAGUAAACUCGCUUCAAGAGGUUGAUGUGAGUCCUACAUUUGAACAUAGAGUUCACAUCCCAUCAUCAGCUCUCCAGAGAAGCAUAGGAAAUGUGCCUGAGGUGGAUGUCCUGGUGGUGGCCUCUGUAAUAAACAGCAGUUAUUUUAAGCUGAGUCCUCCCCAAAGAAGUAGGAUACCACAAAUUCACCGCAGAAAUGGCAAAGUAUUUAGGGACUCAGCCGUAUGUGUGCGGGCAGGAAACCGUGCAGUCGAGAAUCUCUCACAACCCAUCACGUUAACCUUCAAACACAACAAAGAGGUUGAAAGUGGAACGUGUGUAUUUUGGAAGGAAACAUCAGCAAAGGAUGGAACAGGUUACUGGAGCAAUGAAGGCUGUGACACAAAUUACACGGCACAUGAAUUUAUUUGCAGCUGCAACCAUCUGAGCUUCUUUGCUGUGCUUGUGAAUCCAGGAAUAUCGGUGACAAAAGCUGAUGCCGACAAGCUAAACUACAUCACUUACAUUGGAUCAGGAUUCUCCGCCCCCUUCGCACUGAUCAGUUUGUUCAUCUAUAUUUAUCUACAUCGGCGGCAUCCUGAGAAAUCCAUAAGUCUGCACAUGCAGCUAACAGUGGCGAUGUUCUGCCUCCAUCUCACCUUCCUGCUGUCCAGCCUCCUGGCCCAACUACUGAAGGAAAAAGAGGACGGCUCAUCUUGCCUGGUACUGGGUCUGGUUUUACACUGGUCCCUGCUGGCCACCCUGACCUGGAGUGCUCUGGAGGGGUUCCACCUCUACCUUCUGCUCAUCCGGGUCUUUAACAUCUAUGUGAGGAGGUACCUGCUCAAACUCAGCCUGAUUGGAUGGGGUUUGAAAAGUGCUUGA